AUGUCUGGUAUUGUUCUCGGCGAGCGCCAUGUGGUAUAUGAAGCCCUGGGUGCGGCCAUGUUUGCGCUUGGCCUGAUUCUCUUGCCUUGCCUAUAUCCUCAUCCAUUUCAUCCAUCGUUCCCUUUAUUCUUCUUGCAUCCACCCCAUCCGAAUCUUGUUCAAUCAAACUUCACGGUUACAGCUCCACGAUCUCCUCAUUCCUAUAACUCCUCAAGCCUGAAUACCUUUCAUAUCCAUAAGUGA